CAUAAGAAGAAAGGAAGACAUUUUCCUUUCAUGUGCGACAAGAAAGGAAAGUGUUGCUUUUGUCAGUGUUUAUACCAACAAUACAUGAGCUAACUAUAACACUACGGGUUUAGCAUCACAUACUGUACAGCCUCCCAGAACUUAUAGGAAAAAGAAGACGAGGAAGAAUAGCCAGCUAUUAAUCGUGUACGGUAUUUUAGUCUCAAUAUAUUAACGUAAAAUAUUCUAAAUGUUUGAUUUUCUUAAAAUCAUAAAUUGAAUUUUCUUUUGGCUGCAUAUGCUCUUAACUGUAGAAAUCAUGCCUAAGGAACUAGCUAUUGGUAUUGAUCUUGGAACCACCUACUCCUGUGUUGGAGUGUUCCAGCAUGGCAAAGUUGAAAUCAUUGCCAAUGACCAGGGCAACCGGACCACACCCAGCUAUGUGGCCUUCACAGAUGUCGAGAGGCUGAUUGGAGAUGCAGCCAAGAAUCAGGUUGCCAUGAACCCAACCAACACAGUCUUUGAUGCCAAGAGACUGAUUGGCCGCAGGUUUGAUGACGCAGUUGUGCAGUCAGACAUGAAGCACUGGCCAUUUAACGUCGUCAAUGACAGCGGUCGCCCCAAGGUUCAAGUUGAGCACAUGGGUGAGACAAAGUCCUUCUACCCUGAGGAGAUCUCCUCCAUGGUGCUAAUCAAGAUGAAGGAGAUUGCUGAAGCCUACCUCGGAAGAACUGUCAACAAUGCUGUAAUUACAGUGCCUGCCUACUUCAACGACUCCCAGCGCCAGGCUACUAAGGAUGCCGGCACGAUCUCUGGCCUCAAUGUUUUGCGUAUCAUCAACGAACCAACUGCUGCUGCCAUUGCCUAUGGUUUAGACAAGAAGGUUGGCACAGAGAGGAACGUCCUCAUCUUUGAUCUUGGUGGUGGCACCUUCGAUGUGUCCAUCCUGACCAUCGAUGAUGGCAUCUUUGAGGUCAAAUCCACGGCUGGAGAUACUCAUCUUGGGGGUGAAGACUUUGACAACCGCAUGGUGAACCACUUCAUCGCAGAGUUCAAGCGCAAGUACAAGAAGGACAUCAGCGACAACAAGAGAGCUGUUCGUCGCCUGCGCACAGCUUGUGAAAGAGCAAAGCGCACACUGUCUUCCAGCACCCAGGCCAGCAUUGAAAUCGACUCCCUGUAUGAGGGAAUUGACUUCUACACAUCCAUCACCAGGGCUCGCUUUGAGGAGCUCAACGCUGACCUCUUCCGUGGCACCUUGGACCCUGUGGAGAAAUCUCUCCGUGAUGCAAAGAUGGAUAAGGCGCAGAUUCAUGACAUAGUGCUGGUCGGUGGCUCCACCCGUAUCCCCAGGAUCCAGAAGCUUCUCCAGGACUUCUUCAAUGGAAAGGAACUCAACAAGAGCAUCAAUCCAGAUGAAGCUGUGGCCUAUGGAGCUGCUGUCCAGGCUGCCAUCCUGACCGGAGACAAAUCUGAGAAUGUGCGGGAUCUGCUGCUUCUGGAUGUCACCCCUCUGUCCUUGGGUAUUGAGACUGCUGGAGGUGUCAUGACUGUCCUGAUCAAGCGUAACACCACCAUUCCAACCAAGCAGACACAGAUCUUCACCACCUACUCUGACAACCAGCCCCGUGUGCUUGUCCAGGUGUAUGAGGGUGAGCGUGCAAUGACCAAAGACAACAACUUGCUGGGUAAGUUUGAGCUGACUGGAAUCCCUCCUGCUCCCCGCGGUGUUCCCCAGAUUGAGGUGACAUUUGAUAUCGACGCCAAUGGCAUCAUGAACGUUUCUGCUGCUGACAAGAGCACUGGAAAGGAGAACAAGAUCACCAUCACCAAUGACAGUGGUCGUCUCAGCAAGAACGACAUUGAACGCAUGGUCCAGGAAGCUGAGCAAUACAAGGCAGAGGACGACCUCCAGCGUGAGAAAGUGUCUGCUAAGAACAGUCUAGAGUCGUACGCUUUCAACAUGAAAUCCACGGUGGAGGAUGAGAAGCUUGCUGGCAAGAUCAGUGACGGCGACAAGCAGACGAUCUUGAACAAGUGUAAUGAUGUCAUCAGCUGGUUAGACCAGAACCAGACUGCAGAGAAGGAUGAAUAUGAGCAUCAACAGAAGGAGCUGGAGAAGAUGUGCAUCCCCAUUAUAAGAAAGCUGUACCAGAGCGCUGGAAUGCCCGAUGGCAUACCUGGUGGUAUGCCCGGUGGUAUGCCUGGCGGGAUGCCCGGCAGUAUGCCCGGCGGUAUGCCUGGUGCUGCUACUGGUGGUGGUUGCUCUGAACCAACCAUUGAGGAGGUUGAUUAAAACUGUGUUGUGUAGGAUUGCAUUCAAUAACUGGAAAUGCUUAAAAAAAAGCUGAAUGAGUCGGAUUCCAUUCACAUUGUGAUGAUCUGCUCACAUUUGACAAAUAGGACUGCCAACCAUCCCAUAAAAAUGUCUUUGACUAGUUUUAUAUUCUUUAAUAAAUACAGGUUAGUGAGAAGUGCAGAGACCACAACUUAAAAAAAAAGUGAAAAUAGAGACAGAAGGAAGAAAAACAAUAACUAAUGUAGUAAAUUAAUGUGAGGAUGAAGAAAAAAACUAGGUUCAGGGUCAUGUUGCAUAAUUGUGCAUGUUUUUGGUUAAAUGGGUGAUGCUUCACAUGUGUCUGAUUGUUUUGUAGAGAAAAAUGGCAUUAGUAUUAAACAUGUAACCCUCUGUUUGUGCAUUUGUUC